AUGUACAAAAAAGCAAACAGGUUACAUGGUGAAGAAAAUAGUAUCAAGGAAAAAAAAUUGAUUAAAUUUUUGACUAAUAUUGCAACUGAAACUUUAAGUGACUCAGCAUCACAAGGACUUGAUCAAGCCCAAUCCCUGUCAAGAAAUAAAGACCUUUUGGAAAACUUUUAUUUGUUAAACAAACGAGCUCAGACUUUCUUGUUUAUGCAAUUAAAACAAAUUCAUAAAAGCAAAAUGACCAGAAGGUUUACCUUAGAGGAAAAAUUAAUGGCAUUGCUCGUAAUGAAACAAAGCCCCAAAUGUUAA